CAUUGAGUACACUCGCUCCUGGAACAUUCCAUUAUAUAAAACAAUUGACGUGGUUCCAACUCAAUCAGAUAGAAAGUCACGCAACACGCUCCAAGAUGAAGUUUCUGGAAGUUUUAACUAUUUCGAUUGUUGUAAUUGCACUUGUGAGUUGUAAUGAGUGUGACCACGAAAGCUGCGACCAGAGGAAAAAGUUCUGCGCCAGAAGUGAGUCCAAGUACUGCGAGUGUGACGCGAGCUUGCAGAAGCACGUCCGGUCCUGCCCCGGCGGGGAGGUGUUCAACGUCCGGUUCGGAACGUGUGGGGUGGGAGCUGCCCAGAAACAGCCGUGUAUGCUGUACAGACAAGGGAAGGGGUUGAAAUAAAUGUAAUUUUUAGUGCUGUGGAAAAAUAAAUGCUAAAUUAUUUUUUUUUUGC